CUUAGAAACUGUCCAGGCAGCCAAUCUCGGACGUUCGGUUAUUGCAGCCAGUGUAUCGGAAAAUGACCAACGCAGCGCCAUUGCCGACCUAAUCGACAAGCUUCCUUCCGAACCAGGAGUGUCCAGGAUAAUUGUCCUAUUCAAAGAAGUAUCUACUGCUAGAGAUGUUCAUACUUUCUUACGGGCCAAAGAUACGUGGGCGGUCGAGCUCGUUGAUACAGCUGAAGUGUCAGAAAAAGCCCGAACAGCAGAUUGUAUUGAUCUCUGGACUUGAUACUGUCACCUCUGCACUAUCAUGUUAUGAUGUUUAUGAAUGCAAGUCACUCAUUCUUUGUAAUUUUGAGCCCGAUACAACACUUCUCGAGGCACUCGCUAGAUUUAAUCCAAGAGCAACGAUGGGCACUCCGAGAACACAUUAUAUUCCUUCCUCCGAGAGAACACCGAUCAUCUGCCUAACGAACAUCGAAGAAAAGUUAAAUUGGAAUUACGAAAGGGCUGUCUCUUUCGUCGAGUGUUACUUUCAAACAUGGAACAUCCCACCAAGUCUUUCAUUCUUACCUGCCGAUGAUGGCGUCAACAACUUGGAGGAUAGCUUCUGGACCUAUAUAGCAGACAUCAUCUCAUCAUCAGGCAAGGCUGUAAUAUACACCUCUGAUGGUGAAAUGUCUCAAGAAGUGCUUGAUGGUCUCUACAGAAAAACCGUGGCAGCGCGCGUCGUAAAAUCCCAAGCUGACCUCGCCUACGAUCAGAAAGUCAAAGCUGUUAUAAUCUCCUCGGAUUCCACCUUCUUCGAGAGUGACAUUACUCCCUGUGGGAAUGUCAUAAUUUUUCACCCAGCUAAAUCAAACGAAGAGUAUGUCCAUAUGCACGCAUGUGCCAGAAACUUUGAAAAGCGGAGUGCUCGAAUCGUGGAAGUGGUCCCUUCAGGCCAGAUGAAUUUCGUCUCUCUCAGUGGAAUUACUACCACGAUACCUAUAGAUAUCCGAGACAUCACACCCGACCUUCUUGCCAAAGUACAGCACGGACACGUGCCUUUACCCGACGAAAAAGAUCUUCGUGCCGCGAAAUACAUACAAGUAUCACAUGGCGGUGCAGAACAGCGCCUCCGUACCGAAGUUGCAACUAUAAUACAGGAAGUACCGAAAUUCGCAGACGCUGUGGCUCAAAAGCAGGUAGACGCUUACCUCUCGGGCGGAAUCAAGUACAAGACAGCCGGGACUUUUGGGACAACAUUCUUUCGCCAGCAACAAAGUUAUGACUCGAGCUCUGUACAAGUAAGAGUGAUUUCAGAGGAAGGUUCUGACACUGAACCUGGUGAUGGGCUUCCUCUUGUUGAAGAUGUUGAGAAAACUGCUGCCGAGGAGUUUCGCAAUGAGGAUGAGUAUGGGCGGGUUGCUACUAAACAGCAAGAUCGAGGGGGGAACUCCAAUAAACAAGAUAGAUAUCGUGGCAAGGAUUACGGGUGGUCUCGGGCCAACCGUCGGCCUGAGAGAGGAAGCUGGGAACGAGGCAAAAAGGGCCAAGGUUGGGAUAAGCAGAGGAGCCCGCCUCGUACCUACGACUCAGACGACCGCCAACCGCCAAAACAGGGCUGGGAAGAAGGAAGGAGGCGGCGAUCUUGGAAUAACCAGGAGAGACCGCCUCUUACCUACGACUCAGACAAUCGUCGGCCGCCGAAACAAGGCUGGGAGGGAGGAAGAAAGCGGGAACCUUGGAAUAAUCAGGAGGGAACUUCAUCUCGUUCUGAUGCAUCAGAGAACGGUCGGUCGGGAUUGCGUAAUACAGGAGCGCAUGAUCAAAGGUCCAGGAAGGAGGGUACGUCUUGGAGCAAAUCGGAGCAUGGAAAAUAGACUGGGCUUUUAUAUAGAUUGAAGCUUGAAGCCUAGCACUUGCCUACUUAUAGUUUUAGUUGCUCUGUGUAGCGUUCACUAAUAAUUACCGCUCAUCACGAAAGGCCGUGGAAUCGUUGCAACGGUGUUGAUACAAUACUGUAAGAAGGCU